GUGGAAUGCCAUCAAGUAUAGAGGUCAUUUUGCGACAUAGCAGCAUCCCAGCCAAGAGCGCUCCGAUCCCAUCCCCCCUCUUUGCCACCGAAAGCAACCCACCCCAUGGUCUCACUUGUGAUGCCAGCAGCUCGAACGAAGGCCGAACCAUCGAGGCGACUGGUCCCGGGAUGGGUCUCUUUUCCCGCCGGGUCAACAGCACCAACAACUUGACCAGCAGACGUGCUCCCGUAGUGCGUGGCUGCGUAAUAGAGGGAGCGAAUUGCUUUGAUGACAUGGGCAUCCGGAUGUUGCAGCCCAUUGUGGAUGAUAGGGAGCCAGGGAUUUGUCUGUUCAUCCUUCUCGAGAGCGAUCGGGCGAGGAAUGUCGGUGUAAGACAUCAAUAACUCCGCAUCCAUCCGCGGUCGGCCGCGCAUGAGAGUGAGUAGCGCAGUGACUCGCACAUAGCCUUGAAGCAACUGAACUCGGUGGAUUGCUUUGGGGAACGCUU